UCUUUGAUCAGAGAUCUGCUGUUUUCUUCCUCAUCGUGGUGGAUUUCCUGGCAGAGAACAACCUGUGUGGUCAGGCCAUCCUGAGGAUCGUGUCCAGAGGAAAUGCCAUCAUAGCAGAAUUACUCAGACUCUCAGAAUUUAUUCCUGCAGUUUUCAGACUCAAAGACAAGAGUGACCAGCAGAAAUAUGGAGACAUAAUCUGUGAUUUCAGCUAUUUUAAGGGUCCGGAGUAUUAUGAGAGUAAACUGGAAGCAAAGCCGGAGCUGCAGGAUUUGGAUGAGGAGUUUCGGGAAAAUAACAUUGAGAUAUUGACACGGUUCUACCUGGCCUUUGAGAGUGUCCAUAAAUAUGUUGUAGACUUGAUAAGGUACUUGGAUGAUCUCAAUGAAGGGGUCUACAUUCAGCAAACACUAGAAACUGUUUUAUUGAAUGAAGAUGGGAAACAGCUCCUGUGUGAGGCUCUGUACCUGUAUGGAGUCAUGUUACUGGUCAUUGAUCAGAAGAUGGAGGGGGAGGUGAGAGAAAGGAUGCUGGUGUCCUGCUAUAGAUACAGUGCUGCUCGCUCCUCGGGUGACUCCAACCUGGACGACAUCUGCAAGCUCCUGCGUAGUACGGGAUACUCCAGCCACCCGGGGGCCAAACGCCCGCCCAACUACCCUGAGAGCUACUUCCAGAGAGUUCCCAUCAGCCCCACCUUCCUCAGUAUGGUGAUCGGCCGCCUCCGCUCUGAUGACAUUUACAACCAGGUGUCUGCGUAUCCUCUGCCGGAGCACCGCAGUACAGCGCUGGCAACACAGGCCGCUAUGCUCUGUGUCUGCUUAUACUUCACCCCCUCCAUCCUGCACACACAACAGGCCAAGAUGAGAGAGAUCGUGGACAAAUACUUCCCUGACAACUGGGUUAUUAGCAUAUAUAUGGGGAUCAUGGUGAAUUUGGUGGAGGCGUGGGAACCAUAUAAAGCUGCUAAAACAGCCCUGAACUACACAUUGGACACAGCCAACGUCAAGGAACAGGCCAGUCGAUACGCUGCGAGUGUGGAGAGCUUGUGGCCGCAGGUGCAGCAGUUACUGAAGGAGGGAUUCCUGAGAGAAGAAAUCGUCCUGGACAACAUUCCCAAACUGCUCAACUGCCUCCGUGACUGUAACGUUGCCAUCCGCUGGCUGAUGCUGCACACUGCAGAGUCUGCUUAUGAUCCAAACAACAAGAGACUGCGUCAGAUCAAGGACCAAGUCAUCAACGACUCCAAAUACAAUCCCAAAAUCCUGUUUCAGCUGCUGCUGGACACGGCCCAGUUUGAGUUCAUACUCAAAGAGAUGUUCAAGCAGAUGUUGGCAGAGAAGCAGCUGAAGUGGGAGAGCUAUAAGAAAGAGGGGUCAGAGAAGAUGUUUUCUGGGGUCAAACCUCUCACCAGGGUGGAGAAAAACGAGAAUCUUCAGGCCUGGUUCAGAGAGAUCUCCAAACAGAUCGAGUCCCUGAACUACGAGGACUCGACCGCAGCCGGCAGGAAGACUGUGCAGCUCAUUCAGGCUCUCGUGGAGGUCCAAGAGUUUCACCAGCUGGAGUCCAACCUUCAGGUGAGUCAGUUCCUGGCGGACACACGCAAGUUCCUCCAUCAGAUGAUCCGCACCAUCAACAUCAAAGAGGAAGUGCUCAUCACCAUGCAGAUAGUGGGAGAUUUGUCCUACGCCUGGCAGAUCAUUGACAGCUUCACAUCAAUGAUGCAAGAGAGUAUCAGAGCAAACCCCUCCAUGGUGACCAAACUCAGAGCCACUUUUCUAAAGGUCAACAGUCCAGAUCUGCUGAGCGUGUCUCAGUUUUACUCUGGGGAGCUGGUGGCUUAUGUCAGAAAGGUUCUGCAGAUCAUUCCAGAAAGUAUGUUCACCUCGCUGGCCAAAAUCAUCAAACUGCAGAUCCAUGACAUUAUGGAGGUGCCCACACGUCUGGACAAAGACAAACUGAAGGACUACGCUCAACUCAGCGCCCGUUAUGAGGUGACUAAACUCACUCAUGCCAUCUCAGUCUUCACUGAAGGUAUUCUGAUGAUGAAGACCACACUCGUCGGCAUUAUCAAGGUGGAUCCGAAGCAGCUUCUGGAGGACGGGAUCAGGAAAGAGCUUGUCAAACGUGUGGCUAACGCUCUGCACAAAGGCCUCAUCUUCAACCCCAAAGCCAAACCCAGUGAACUGAUGCCAAAGCUGAAGGAAAUGGCUGCCACCAUGGAUGGGUUUUACCGCUCGUUUGAAUACAUUCAGGAUUACGUGAGCAUCUACGGCCUGAAGAUCUGGCAGGAGGAAGUGUCUCGUAUCAUCAACUACAACGUAGAGCAGGAGUGCAACAGUUUCCUCAGAACCAAGAUCCAAGACUGGCAAAGCGUCUAUCAGUCCACCCACAUUCCCAUUCCCAAGUAUCCGUCCGUUGAUGACUCGGCCACGUUUAUUGGACGUCUUUGCAGGGAAAUCCUGAGGAUCACAGAUCCAAAAAGCACGUGUUACAUUGAUCAGCUGAACACCUGGUACGAUAUGAGGACGCUUCAGGAAGUGACCAACAACCGACUCUUCUCAGAGAUUCAGGACACGCUGGGCACCUUCGGCCUGAACGGACUCGACCGACUCUUGUGUUUCAUGAUCGUGAAAGAGCUGCAGAAUUUUCUGACAGUCCUACAGAAGAACAUCCUGAAGGACAAAGCUGUGGUUGACGUCUUUAAAGCUCUGCUGACGGCUGUCAAUCCUGUCAAAGGGAUUGUGGCGAAUGCAAGCAAAGUCUACGUCAACGCUGCGGCCAAAACCCAGAAGAUCUGGCCAGCGUAUCUGGAAGCCAUCAUGAAGGUGGGUCAGAUGCAGAUCUAUCAGCAGAUAGCCAAUGAACUGAACUACUCCUGCAAAUUUGACUCGAAACAUCUCGCUGCGGCGCUGGAUAAUCUGAACAAGUCUCUGCUGUCUGAUAUCGAAGCUCAUUACCAGGAUCCAUCGCUGCCGUAUCCCAAAGAGGACAACACUCUGCUCUACGAGAUCACCGCGUAUCUGGAGGCCGCUGGAAUCCACAACCCACUCAGCAAAAUCUACAUCACGACGAAGCGUCUGCCUUACUUUGCCAUCGUGAACUUCCUGUUCCUCAUCGCUCAGCUGCCAAAACUGCAGUACAACAAAAGCCAAGGCAUGGCGUGCAGGAAGGCUGCAGAUCCGGUGGACUGGACUCCUCUGGUUCUGGGUCUCCUGACGCUGCUCAAACAGUUUCACUCGAGAUACACCGAACACUUCCUGGCUCUGAUCGGACAGUUUAUUUGCUCCAUAAUGGAGCAGUGCACCAGUCAGAAGAUUCCAGAUAUGCCUUCAGAUGUAGUCGGAGCAUUAAUGUUUCUGGAGGACUAUGUGCGUUACACUAAACUGCCCAGAAAGGUGGCAGAGGCUCAUGUGCCAAGUUUCAUUUUCGAUGAAUUCAGGACUGUACUGUAAAUGUGCCUGUGAUAAUGUCAAAUCAUUUGUCUUUCUCUUAAAGCAUAAUGAAAUUAGCAUUUUUAACAUUUCAAUUUUAAAACAUGAUCAUCUUUUGUAGCUGUUAUUGACCUGAUGUCUGUCUGCUGGUGUAAUAAAUGCCAUAUGUGUAUGUUUUGAUACAACUUUUUAGGAAAUUUACACACUUUUGAAGAAUUAAUCUCUAACUCACAACCUCUCAAGAUUUAUUGCUUUCAUAAAAUGGUGGCAGCAGCAAUAAGAUCAAACAUUUUUUUGUGGAUGAGGUUCAUUGGUUUAACUGUACACUGUGGCUCAUCCAAUCAAAAUUUAGAGUGAUAUUUAUUUUGAACUUGUACAGGAGAACUUUUUUGCACACAACACAUGAGACAAGAGUUGAAUGAAAGUUUUACUUUUAUCUUAAAUAUAUUACAAUACUGAAUGGAUACUGUAUGAAAAAAAGAGCAUUUAUCAUUUUAAUUGUCAGUCUAUGUACAGCACACAAUGAACAAAAACAGCCAUGAAGAAACUAUGAAUACCAACACUGUGUAUUGUACACGGUCAGAUGCGAACACAAGAGAAACAACAGAGAGUGAGACAGCGGCUGACUGCGCAUAAGGCAUGAAAAAGAUGAAAUUGCAGCUGCAAAAAAAACAAAACAAAAAAACUCACUUCCAGUUAACACUGUCCUGGAUUUCAGUUUGUGUGUGUGUGUGUGUGUGUGUGUGAUAAAUUGCAAUAGCAGAUUGU